AUAAUCAGUCGCCGCCAUCUUGCAAACAAAAGUGAGGCUGACUCUUCAGCUUUUGUACUUUUAACAUAUACUUUUCUCCUUACUCGUCUCAUUUUCUCUGCGAUAAUCGUCGCAGUAACUGUGUAACAUUAUAAUUUUUGAGGAGAUAAUCAACUCCAUUGCAGUGGCGCGUUCGUAACGGUAUCGCGCUUGGUAUCGGAGGGCAUCGCUUAUCGAUAACAUUUCGCACGUCGUGAAAGAAAGAAAGGCCUAAUAAUUGCUAUCGCACUGUGAAUCCGCCUCUAAAUCGAGCAUCAUGGAUGACUUACAGAGUUACAAACUACAACUUCAACAGGUGGAGGCGGCUCUCACGACAGAUCCAAAUAAUGAGGAGCUAAUAAAACUGAAAUUCGAUCUGAAGGAAGUAAUAAAGCUGACACAUGAUUUAAUUAAGUCACAACAACAGGAAAAAAGACAAGCUAAUGGCAUGGAUGCUAAAGAUCCUAUUUUGCUUGCAGUUCUGGCCAAUAAGUGGAAAGUCGGCGAUCAGUGCAUGGCACCUUGGAGCGAGGACAGCAAGUACUAUGAAGCGACUAUAGAUUCAAUUAGUGAAGAUGGACUCGUAAACAUAACGUUCAAUGAAUACAAGAACACUGACGUCACUAUGCUCAGUCAACUGAAAUCCGUCGCGAAGAGGCCAGCAUCGGAUUGGGCAGAUCAGAAAUCCAAGAAGAUGCAAGCAGCUGCAGUUGCGGGUUCAGAUCCCAACAAACAGAGAGAAUAUCUUAAGAAGAAGAAGCAGAGGAAGUUGCAGCGAUUUAAAGAACUCGAGGAAGAACGUGAGCUGGAAAAAAAUAAGUGGCUGGCGUUCACCAAUAAGUCUUCGAAGAAGGGCGUCAUAAAGAAGAGCAUCUUCGCGACGCCGGAGAACGUGAACGGUCGCGUGGGGAUUGGUACGUGCGGCGUGAGCGGUCGGGAGAUGACCAAGUUCAGCAACGGGGAGAAGUGGAGACGGGGAGCUUAAGUUAACUUAAAUGUAAAUAAGUAGAUAUUGUAACUUGGUGAGAGAUAGAAAGUUUUACUUGGAAUUAUUGUUAUGUUGCACCGACUGAUUUACGAACCGGAUGUACGUGAUGUAAUUUUAAGUUAUCAGGACUAAUCGAGCGGGUGCGUGUUCGCGGAGCAGUGACGGUGAUAGUUUUCAGGUGCGCGCAGCAGGUACGUUCUCUCAACACUGAUAUUCUGUGCGUAACGAGACGACUUUCGGAUUUUUUACCGUAACACGCGCUACACGAAUAUAACUGCGAGCGAAUAAAUGUGUUUCUAGAUUACUAUGUUUCCGUGAAUAUGAUUCAUUUACAAAGAUAACUCCUUGAUAUAAAAAUAAAUGUAUAUUUUAACGUGCA